CUCUAAGCAUCAUAAUGUAUGAUCAUGCAUGUUUAAUCCUAGAUUGUAUUAUACAUCUAGAUUGUUAUUUCGAUUCUUGCUGACUUCCGCUGCGCAUGUAUGUAUAUUAUCCAUCAUGUGGUAUCAGAGCAUCUAGAAUAACAUUCAUUUGCAUAUGGUGGGUACAAAUUCAUUUGAUGAAUGUUGUGGUUGAAUUAAGUUGGAUAUAUUACGGUUUUGGCAAUCCUCUUAAUUUUGGCCUGUAUUUAUGUCCUUUUAUUUGUAUUUUGUUUUUUCUUCCGGAGUCAUUAGAGUUGAAAUUAGGUUGUAAUUUGGUCAAAUUCAAAGAGAAAAAGGCUGAAAUUUAGCUUCAGACUGGCCUGCAACAAAUAUUUCGACCCAGUUCGAUUUUCCUCCCUUGUGGUCUGGUUCGUGCUGUUUCAAGCCGGUUUGGGUUCAUGGAGGUUCGGUUUGAAGGGGUUCAAGGCCGGUUCAAGCUUUUGCAAAACUGUUUUGUAAUAAUUUAGUUUAAUUUAGUUGUAAGGAUGCCAAAAACGGUCCAAUUUAAUUGUUGAUUUAAUUAUGCAUUAUGCAUUAUGAAUGUAUGAAUUAAAUGUUUUAUAUUGAAUGUGCAUAAUGUAUGCCAUUUAGAUUUAAAAUCCCACCAUAGGAUUAAGCAUGUAUCAUGCAUAAGGUAUCUUGUAAGUAGUUAUAAUGUAUAGUAUGCAUGAUAAGUUCAAAUUUUGAUUUGAAUGUAUGGUUAUGGAGCAUGCCUAUAGUUUAUAAGUGUUAUAAAAGAAAUAGACAUUAAAAUCCAUAACAAAGAUAAUAUGCAUGCUCACUUAGGGUUAAAUGGCCAAUGCAAAGUUUUCAUAGGCAAAAACUAGGUCGUUAACUCAUAAAUUGGUAAAACAYGAACACUCACCCGAUAAAAUCUUGUCUAAGGCUGGGGGUAUUUAAGUUGACGGUUUACGGAACACCCCCUACCUGGAGAUUGAGUCGGUUCUUGAGUUGUGUUAACCAAUUUCAUGAGCAUGCGUGAGUGGUGUGSGGUAAUAAAACUGGUUUAUCACCUAGAYAUCGUAGGUUUAAAUCCAAUAUAARAGUUAUAUUUGGAUCAAUCAYCUAAACUUAGGAUAUGUUUAUUUAGCCUAAAUAUAUGUCUAAGUGAAAGUAUACCCUAAACCGUCAAGAACACUUCAGCUGGAGAUUAGUAACAUACUAUUAGCUCUAGCGUCCCUAAGAGUUCACAACGUGAGAUCCAUGCUUGGCUUCGUGUCGCCCUGGGAGCGGCCUCCCUUCGGAGAGUGUUUGCAUGGGUUAUGAACAGGGUGAAUAGGGGAAGUAGUUCAUAGUAAGUGGGUGAAGGAUUAGUGUCAACAAAAUCUUACGGUCUCUUCCAUUAGGUCGCACCGUGAGAGUCCUAUAAUGCGCCUGCAUGUCUGCCCUGGAGCGACCUUACCAAUCGGAGGGUGGUAUUAUAGGAUUCGGAACACCGCGAACUCCUAAAAGGAUAGGAUUUCUUAGAUUCGUUUUCAAUCUUGACUUUCCAAUUUCGGGAGCAUAUUGAUCCUAAUCUUAGAAGUCUGAAAGUGGCAGGUCACACUUACAAGAAUUACUAAGAGUUAGUAUAUUCUUGACCAAACCAAAUGAUAACUAAAGGCUAUAGGAAUAACAGUUAUUGGUAUUAGCAUUUAGUCAAGAUUGUCUUAAUUCAAUGGAGGAAUGGUUGACUGCCUCUCGGUGGAGGCUGUUCUAAACCAUUGAAGUAUCGUUGCAAAUAUAAAUAAAAAUUGGGUACUUUAUUAGAAUUUGCUAAAAUUAAAAUUGGAUUUAGAACUUAUAUAAAGUAUGUUUGUUUUUCAGCAUGAAUAGCUCAAUAGUUCAACUCUUAGCUUCGGAAACACUAAACGGAGAUAAUUAUUCAACGUGGAAAAACAAUCUGAAUACAAUACUAGUUGUCGAUGACCUACAAUUCGUUUUAACUGAGGAAUGUCCACAAACCCCUGCCGUACAUUCCAACUGAAAUGUUCGGGAAGCAUUUGAUCGAUGGGUCAAAGCCAACGAUAAGGCCCGUGUCUACAUUCUUGCCAGCAUGACUGAUGUAUUGGCAAAGAAACAUGAACCCUUGACGACUGCAAAGGAAAUCUUGGAUUCAUUAAAGGCAAUGUUCGGGCAACCUUCGUCGACUUUGAGACAGAGGCACUUAAAUACGUUUACAACAAGCAUAUGAAGGAGGGGACCUCUGUUACAGAACAUGUCCUGGACAUGAUGGUCCACUUCAAUACUGCUGAAGUGAACGGGGCCACCAUUGAUGAGGCAAGUCAAAACCUUACUAAGGCUAAGGGGAAGGAAGUGGAGGCAAACGUUGCCACCAGAAAGAAAAUACCAAGAGGUUCGACCUCUAAAGCAAAAGCUGGACCUUCAAAAAACAGAAAUGUUCAAAUAAAGAAGAAGAAGGAAAAGGGGAAGGCUCCCGUGGUUGACAAGGGAAAGAAUGUUGCAAAGGGAAUCUGUUUCCAUUGCAACCAAGACGAGCAUUGGAAGAGAAAUUGCCCGAAGUAUCUUGCCGAGAAGAAGGCAGAGAAAACAACGACAGGAAACUAGUUCCUGGAAGAAGCUGGAAGAAGGCGAGACAACAUUUCUCUAGUGCCUUCUUAAAUAAGCAAAUUACAUGCAACUCUUGCAUGUCAAAGUUCACCAAAAGCUUACAACACAUAUUCCACUUAUGCAUGGCAUGGAUAAGUGUCAAAAUGCAUGUCUAAGUUCAACAAAAGCUUACAACACACAUUCCACUCAUGCAUGACAUGACUAAG